CGCUGCCUCCUCCAAAGCCGCGCGGAAAGGUCCUUAGCUGACUCCGCCCCGGCGCGAAAACUUCCUCACUUUUCCCGCCACCAAAGUGUACCUCGAGGAAGAGGCGGGGACUCAGAGGGUAGAUGCACGUUCUGGUUGGCUGAAGCCUCUGACGCUAGAAAAGCGAGUGUCCAAUGGAGAGCGUCUUCUUCGUAGGGUUUUCCUCCGGGAGCCUCGCAGUGGCGGGAAAUGUGCCUUCCGGGGUCCUCUGUUUCUUUCCUCGCCGCUCCGCCCCUGCAGGCGGGGAAGCUGACCAAUGGGAAUGAGAGAAGUCUCGCGAAGCCCAGACAUUGGGCAGCCGGAAAGGGAGACGCGGAAGAAGCCGGGAAGCGUUGCGUUCUGGGAGUUGUAGUCCUUUCCCGGUUCCGGAUGUUUCACCGCGUUUUUUCAAGCUGUGGUCCCUGACCUACUACCGUGACCAAACAAGGGCUGGCGGGUUAGUCCUUCCUUGAAAGUAGACUGAACAUUAUAGGAGGGUUUAUAACGCAGGAAGAUGAAAACAUAAAGACCAGUCGUCUUUAAAAUACACUUGAGUCAGAACUGCCCUCAAGUGGCUUCUAGAGAGGAGGAAGUGGAUUUUGAGACUCCAAGAAUGCAGUACAGAAUCAUGGCAUGUGCAGGGAGAAGUUAGAGUUAGGACCCAUUUGCUCUCUGAAUACCUUUGCCUGAAGUACCUCGUAAAAAUAGGUCGCGGAGGAGGAUGAAGUGAAAGAAAAGUUUUCGGCCGUUUCUGUUCUAUGCCACACUGAAGAUGGAAGCUGUGGUCCCACGCCAGGUGGAAGACCUUGCCUCCGCUGAUACACAGACUGUGAAGCAAGCAGCAGCUGGCAAACACCUACCUCACAGAUGUGCUCUGCUCAACACAGGACCUUACCUUACCCUGGAAGCACUCCUGCCAGCCUUUCAGCUGCCUGAAGACCUGUUCAACUCUGCCCCAGACAACUAAGAGCCACACAGCUCCUUGGCGAUGACAGGUUGCACCUCCAACCUACUGUGUUGUGUGGAAGGCGAUUCCCUCCAGGCCCCCGCCAUGACGACCGCCAUCCUGGAGCGCCUGAGCACCCUGUCCGUGAGCGGGCAGCAGCUGCGCCGCCUGCCCAAGAUCUUGGAGGAUGGCCUUCCCAAGAUGCCUUGCACCGUGCCGGAGACGGACGUGCCCCAGCUCUUCCGGGAGCCUUACAUCCGCACCGGAUACCGCCCCACGGGGCAUGAGUGGCGCUACUACUUCUUCAGCCUCUUUCAGAAACACAACGAGGUGGUCAACGUCUGGACCCACUUGCUGGCGGCCCUGGCCGUCCUCUUGCGAUUCUGGGCCUUUGCGGAGGCCGAGGCCUUGCUGUGGGCCUCUCCUCACUCCCUGCCCCUGCUCCUCUUUAUCCUGUCCUCAAUCACUUACCUCACCUGCAGCCUUCUGGCCCACCUGCUGCAGUCCAAGUCGGAGCUCUCCCACUACACGUUCUACUUUGUGGACUAUGUUGGCGUGAGCGUUUACCAGUACGGCAGUGCCUUGGCCCACUUCUUCUACAGCUCGGACCAGGCCUGGUAUGAGCGGUUCUGGCUUUUCUUCUUGCCUGCAGCUGCCUUUUGCGGCUGGUUAUCUUGUGCUGGUUGUUGUUAUGCCAAGUAUCGUUACCGGAGGCCUUAUCCUGUCAUGAGGAAGAUCUGUCAGGUGGUGCCAGCUGGACUCGCCUUCAUCCUAGACAUCAGCCCCGUGGCACACCGUGUGGCGAUUUGCCACCUGGCUGGCUGCCAGGAACAGGCAGCCUGGUACCACACCCUCCAGAUCCUCUUCUUCCUGGUCAGCGCCUACUUCUUCUCCUGCCCGGUGCCCGAGAAGUACUUUCCCGGUGCCUGUGACAUUGUAGGCCACGGGCAUCAGAUCUUCCAUGCCUUUCUGUCUGUCUGCACGCUGUCCCAGCUGGAGGCCAUCCUCCUGGAUUACCAGGGGCGCCAGGAGAUCUUCCUGCAGCGCCACGGUCCCCUGUCCGUCUACAUGGCCUGCCUCUCCUUUUUCUUUUUGGCAGCCUGCAGUGCUGCCACCGCAGCCCUCCUGAGGCACAAAGUCAAGACAAGACUGACCAAGAAAGAUACCUGAGGCUUGUCUGUGUGGCAAAGUGUGGAGGAGGCCCAUGGUGAUUCGGUACAAUAGAAAUUGACUUUUUAUUUUUUAAAGAUUGGUUUUUGAAUUAAUGAGUGUUUCCAAGGAUAUUCCAUGGCUCCAUGAUUUGAAUGCCAAAAGAUUCAAGAGUUUUGUUAUUGUUAAGGAAAAGGAGUAUUACUUUUUCUGCUGGGUUAUAACCUUACAAGGAAGGGAAGGGAUCUUGGCCAAGAUUAAUGGGACGCUGAAUUAAGGAGAACCAUCUUCAUGCCUGAAAAUUUUGCAGAAUCUUGAAUGUGGUUUCCAGAGGCGAGGCCCAGAGUUGAAUACAUAAUAAAAUUGGACUGGAAAGUCCAUAGGUGGUAGGUCCUCACCCUAUUGGAAUGGCCAUCCUACUGUACCAGUCUUUGGCUGUUGAAUAGAUUGUCCCAAGGAUCGUUUUACAUUUGGACUUCAGAUUGUCUAAGGUGGAAAAGUCAGAAACUUCAAGAUGAAGAUGAAGCCAUUAGACAUAAUGAAUUAGUUCAUCUGAUUCCUGGUCCCCUCCUUGCUGCUUGUCCACUGGAAAAUUGGUUCUUUUUACAGGACAACUGUCUGCCUGUUUUGUUGGAAGUGCUGUUUACUCCCACCCCUUCUUUGCCUGAUAACAUAAAAAAUUACAAAUAAGUUAUACUUCCAGGAAAUACUUGGAGCCAUGUAGGGAUUCAGGAAGCUUAUUCUCAUAUAUUACUAAUGUUCGUGGUACUAGAAAAUACAGUGCCAAGAGCCACCAGGAGGCCUAACCAAGGAGAAUGAAUACUGUUUGGUGUCAUGGGACUCUUCUGUUUUAUACCUGUGGGCCGCAGGACUAAUGAGCGAUAUUAAGGCUGCCCUACAGAACAGGGUAUCCAGGAGGUGCAUUGGAGACAUUUCUUCAGAUUUGACUAGCAUGUUUAAAAAGCCUUUGGCGGAGUACAUUAGUUCCAAGGGUCCCUCUAGGGAUCUACUUAUUUCAAGAGGUACCCAAGGUCCACCCUCCCACAUAAUGCUGCCCUAUGAAGAAACCACAUAACUGCCCCAGUUCAGGGACCUCAGGCAAGCAGUUCUGCCUCAGCUUAGAACAGAACUCUGAAACCAAUUAAGUCCUAGGACAGACAAGCCUGUGUAUUCACUGCGAAUUGGUCCCUGAAGUCUCCUUUGGGUGAGAAUGUGUGAACCAGAUACCCUGUAGCUGAAAUGCUCUGAUUAGAAUGUUGCUGCUCAACAUCUUUUGUGAUAGGUGGUGCUUGCCGUUGAUGUGUUCUGGCCAUGCAGCUCUCUCUGAGGAAUGACUUCUGUGCUAAUCCAGUGAAGGAGACUGUGCCAAAAGAAUGGCUGGAAAGACUCCUCAGAGACUGCUUCCUAUCAGUAUAAGGCCCCUUAUUUACUAAAAAGGAAAGUGGUUUAACUCCAGUUUGAUGAACUUACUGUUACUAGGUUACAAUUUCUUGCUUCAAAUUUUCGUUUCCUACUUUUCUGUGAGAGAUUUGUGGGUUUUGUGCCUUAUACAUGGAAAUGUAUGAACACUUAAUGUAUGUGCACGUGAGGUUUUGUUUCGAGUUAUUGAGGUAAGAAAAUAAUACAUUGCUGUCCAGCCAGUGAAUGAAGUUUCAGGAAGCUAGACUUGCUUAUCAAUCAAAAGACUGUUAAUCUGUGUUUUGUCCAAAAAAAGAAAAAAAAAUUGCAACUCAAGCUAUCAUAUAAUCUUUAUAUCAAGAAAGUUAGGCCGGCGCCGUGGCUCAACAGGCUAAUCCUCCGCCUUGCGGUGCCGGCACACCGGGUUCUAGUCCCGGUUGGGGCACCGAUCCUGUCCCGGUUGCCUCUCUUCCAGGCCAGCUCUCUGCUGUGGCUAGGGAGUGCAGUGGAGGAUGGCCCAAGUCCUUGGGUCCUGCACCCCAUGGGAGACCAGGAGAAGCACCUGGCUCCUGCCAUCAGAUCAGCGCGGUGCGCCGGCCGCAGUGUGCUACCGCGGCGGCCAUUGGAGGGUGAACCAACGGCAAAAAGGAAGACCUUUCUCUCUGUCUCUCUCUCUCACUGUCCACUCUGCCUGUCAAAAAAAAAAAAAAAAAAAGAAAAGAAAAGAAAGUUUAUGUCUUGUCAGCUACAUUGUUUUCCAAAUGGAUUUCUCUUGUUAAUCCUCAAGUAUGUGAAUUUCUGUGCUACCCAAGUGUCUUACACAAGCUUCGGGUGUCUAGCCAAACUCACAGUAAAUCAAAAUAGCAAAAUUGAACUGGGUGGAACCAAACAAUGGAAUGGGGAAAUUGUGCAAGCACAUUGCAAGUGGAGGGUCAAUUAAGAUAGGAACUACAAAGUGUUUUAAAUUUUCAUUAUUAUAGAUUAUUAAAAGGUUAUUCUUUUAAAAGUUAGAGGGAGAAUUAAAGGAAAGAGAAAAAGAGGAAGGUAUGAAUCAAACUCUCUGGUGUUAUUGGUAGGCAUAGAUUUUUCAGGCCAAAUCUAGGCGCCUUUUUUUUUUUUUAAGAAUAAGAGAUACAGUAGUGAUCCUCAAAUACAUCUACAGACCAAUGCCAGUCUGUACAUAUUAAUGGCCUGUGGUAUGAUAACUGCAGAAAGUUACUAAACUUUGAGAUAAUUGCUACAUAAUUUUUAUUUUAAUUUACACAAUAUUGGCCCACAAGUAAUCUGAAAUUUUAAAAUAGCUUUUUGUUUAAAAAAAAAAAAGAUUUCAGAGGUGUAGCAUUGAGGUAAGGGACUAUAAUGUGCUUUCAAAAUACCAGUAUCAUUAGAACUACAUCAACACAGGAAAUACAGAUGUGUUUAAGUACUCGGAUUUCUGAGGAGUUAAACACUCUUUUUAAAGCAUUAUCAUUAAAAUGAGUAUACUAGUAAGGAACAAGCCUAGUUAGUUUAAAAAGCUUAAUUAGGAAUUUGAUAACAGAGAUUGUUGUCUCACUCUUAACAUAGCCCCUCCAACAGUUGACAUCUACUGGAAAUUCUGCUGGUUGUCUCUUCCUCUCUGUCUUUUAAUUAAGAUUUUCAAACUUUAAAAAGUGUAAAUUCCUCUGGAAAAAUAGUAAACUAUCAGUCAUUUACAUUUUAAUGUGAAUAAGAAUUCAGAUUUGUUUGAAGCCCUACUCAAGAUAACAGGGGAAUAGUGGGACAUAGCAAACUAGUUACACAGUUGCCUGUUUCCCUCAUGCCUAAUUCUUCCUACUUGUAUUUACUAAUGAGCUAAUGUUAAUGUUCUUAAGAUGUUAGGAUUUCAUGUCCAAUUUUGACUGAAACUAUCUCACUCAAUGACCAUAUUCUCAAGUCAUCUACUGGAAGUUUGAAAUAAUAGGAGUAUAGAGCAAUGGAAUGAAGAUAGUUUAUUCCUGCCUCUGUGGCCCACCUGUUCACAAACUGUAUCUGAAUGCUUGAAAACUUUAGCUUCUUUGGUUACUGCACUGAAGUUUCAAACGGAUCCUCCAAAUGAUUUUCAGGUCUUACCCAAAGAGGACACAGCCAUUGUCUAUCUAUUAAUUGUAUUGGUCUUGUGUUUUGCUUGAUUGCUUGACAAAGAAAAAAGUGGAACUAUUUUCUGUCUAUAUAAAUCUAUUCACACAAAUAACCAUUAAACUGAUUUUGUA